AUGUCCAGUGGGGGCAGGUUUAAUUUUGACGAUGGAGGGUCCUACUGUGGAGGCUGGGAGGACGGCAAGGCGCACGGCCAUGGCGUCUGCACCGGCCCCAAGGGCCAAGGCGAAUACACCGGCUCGUGGAGCCACGGCUUCGAGGUACUGGGCGUCUACACCUGGCCCAGCGGCAACACGUACCAGGGCACUUGGGCGCAGGGCAAGCGCCACGGCAUCGGCCUGGAGAGCAAGGGGAAGUGGGUGUACAAGGGCGAGUGGACGCACGGAUUUAAGGGGCGCUACGGGGUGCGGGAGUGCACGGGCAACGGGGCCAAGUACGAAGGGACCUGGAGCAACGGGCUGCAGGACGGCUACGGCACGGAGACCUACUCCGAUGGAGGGACCUACCAGGGCCAGUGGGUCGGCGGCAUGCGCCAGGGCUACGGCGUGCGGCAGAGUGUCCCCUACGGCAUGGCGGCGGUCAUCCGCUCGCCACUGAGGACCUCCAUCAACUCCCUGCGCAGCGAGCACAGCAACGGCGCGGCGCUUCACCCCGACGCCUCGCCCGCCGUGGCCGGCAGCCCCGCCGUGUCCCGCGGGGGCUUCGUGCUGGUGGCGCACAGCGACUCUGAGAUCCUCAAGAGCAAGAAGAAGGGGCUGUUCCGGCGCUCGCUGCUGAGUGGGCUGAAGCUGCGCAAGUCGGAGUCCAAGAGCAGCCUGGCCAGCCAGCGCAGCAAGCAGAGCUCCUUCCGUAGCGAGGCCGGCAUGAGCUCGGUCAGCUCCACGGCCAGCGACAUCCACUCCACCAUCAGCCUGGGCGAGGGCGAGGCCGAGCUGUCGGCCAUCGAGGACGACAUCGACGCCACCACCACCGAGACCUACGUGGGCGAGUGGAAGAGCGACAAGCGCUCGGGCUUCGGCGUGAGCCAGCGCUCGGACGGGCUCAAGUACGAGGGCGAGUGGGCGGGCAACCGGCGGCACGGCUACGGCUGCAUGACCUUCCCCGACGGCACCAAGGAGGAGGGCAAGUACAAGCAGAACAUCCUCGUGAGCGGCAAGCGCAAGAACCUCAUCCCGCUGCGCGCCAGCAAGAUCCGCGAGAAGGUGGACCGCGCCGUGGAGGCGGCCGAGCGGGCGGCCACCAUCGCCAAGCAGAAGGCGGAGAUCGCGGCCUCCAGGACUUCCCAUUCCCGGGCCAAGGCGGAGGCGGCCCUCACCGCGGCCCAGAAGGCCCAGGAGGAGGCGCGCAUUGCCCGGAUCACUGCCAAAGAGUUCUCCCCUUCCUUCCAGCACCGGGAAAACGGGCUAGAGUACCAGCGGCCGAAGCAUCAGCUUUCCAGCGACGACAUCGAGGUGACCUCCACGGGGACACCCCCGCAGCAGGAGAGCCCCGAGCUGUACCGCAAGGGCACCACCCCCUCGGACCUGACCCCCGACGACAGCCCCCUGCAGAGCUUCCCCGCCAGCCCCACGGCCACCCCACCCCCGGUCCCCGCCGCGAGGAACAAGGUGGCCCACUUCUCCCGGCAGGUCUCGGUGGACGAGGAGCGCGGGGGGGACAUCCAGAUGCUGCUGGAGGGCCGGGGAGGGGACUACGCCCGCAACAGCUGGGCCGAGGAGAAGGCCGGGGGCUCCCGCGGCAUCCGCAGUGGCGCCCUCCGCAGCAGCCAGCCCGCGGAUGACUUCCGCAUCCGGGGCGCGGGCCACAAGCAGGCCGGCAACCCCAAGCCCCGGGAGCGGCGGACGGAGUCCCCCACCACGUUCUCCUGGACUUCCCACCACCGGGCCGGCAACCCCGGCCCCGGGGGCCCCAAGCUGCUGGAGCUGGACGAGGAGAAGCUGAGCAACUACGAGAUGGAGAUGAAGCCCCUGCUGAGGAUGGACUCGUAUGCACAGGACGUGCACCCCCCGAAAAGACGCUACAGCAAGGGGGGCGCCGGCCGGGGCCCCGGGGAGGACCACCGCGCCGACGACCGGGCCUUCGGGGCCCAGAGACUGCGGUCAAAGUCCCAGAACAAAGAGCACGCCAGGCCGCCCCCCUGCACGGAGCCCGCAGUGCAGAGGCUGGAGAGCCUGAGGCUGGGGGACCGGGCAGAGCCGCGGCUGCUGCGCUGGGACUUGACCUUCUCCCCACCCCAGAGGUCCUCGCCCGUGGCGCUGGAGUCUGACGACGAGAACGGGGACGAGCUCAAGGCCAGCACGGGCUCGGCGCCGAUCCUGGUUGCCAUGGUGAUCUUGCUAAACAUCGGAGUUGCCAUUUUGUUUAUUAACUUUUUCAUCUGA